UUCUUUUUGUUUGAGUGGCCAAUUUAGGAAAAGUUUUCAGGCAUGUGUGAGUUUAGUCGUUUCAGACACAGUUGUGUCUUAUUGUUAGUGGUGUUGGGGUUAAGCGCGGGAAUCAGUUACGGAUUCGGUACUUUCGGGUUUUAUAUCCAUCAUAGAUAUUCGGAUCCAGUUAAGGAAUUCCUGGCCAUCGAUGAAUUGCCGGUGAAGGAAAGUCCGGAGUAUUACACCGCCAUGGUCCACCGCGAUAGAAUAAUCAAGGGCUGUCAUUUGGCGAUGGCGAAUGAUCGGACGCCCGUUACUUUCCUCGACGGAAACGAGACUUAUCGAUUGAACUCCUUGGGAUUUUUGCAUUACGCAAAUGUAUCGGUGGGGAAGCCAGCUUUGUCAUUUUUGGUGGCACUCGACACCGGCAGCGAUCUCUUCUGGUUGCCAUGCGAUUGCUCCAGUUGUGUCCAAGGCAUAGGAACACCCGGUGGCCCGUCGAUAGAGUUCAAUAUCUACAGCCCUAAUACAUCAUCUACGAGCUCAAAGGUUUCCUGUAACAGUCCCAUGUGUGAACAUCAUAGAAGAUGUUCUUCACCUUCAAAUUUUUGUCCUUAUCAAGUCGACUAUCUAUCCGAUGGCACUUCAUCGACGGGAGUUUUGGUGGAGGAUGUCUUGCACUUAACUACAGAUGAUGAUGAAACCAAACCUGUCGAAGCCAGGAUUACUUUCGGGUUUGUAACUUUUACUUCCUUUUCCAUUAUGGACUGGUUUUGUAAAUUCGGCAAAUCUCGCUGUGCUGUUGUCGAAAAUAAUUCCAGUUUUGGAUUUAUGAUUUGGAUGUGCUACUAUUGCAGUUGCGGGAAGGUUCAGACUGGAUCGUUCUUAAAUGGUGCAGCUCCUAAUGGUCUUUUCGGGCUUGGGCUGGACAAUAUAUCAGUUCCAAGCAUAUUAGCAAACGAAAAGCUUGCUUCGAAUUCUUUUUCUUUGUGUUUCGGACAUGAUGGGGUUGGAAGAAUAACUUUUGGUGAUAAGGGCAGCUCCGAUCAAGGAGAAUCACCACUUAAUCUCAUGCAAUCACACCCUUCUUACAAUGUUAGCAUCACUCAGAUAAAAGUUGGAGGAAGUGCUGGAGAUCUCGAGUUCAAUGCCAUUUUUGACUCGGGUACCUCAUUUACAUAUUUGAAUGACCCAGCUUAUACGCUUAUUUCCGAGAGUUUCAACAAUUUGGCCCGAGAGAAGCGGUUUACAUCUAAUAAUUCUUCCAACGACCUUCCCUUUGAAUAUUGUUAUGAGCUAAGUGCAAAUCAAACGAGCUUUGAGUACCCUGUGCUGAACUUGACAAUGAAAGGUGGAGAUCGGUUUUUUGUCCAGGAUCCGAUAGUAGUGAUUCACACACGGGGUGGAGGUUUAUAUUGCUUGGGUGUCGUGAAGAGUGACAGCGUGAAUAUCAUCGGACAAAAUUUCAUGACCGGAUAUCAUAUAGUCUUCGAUCGUGAGAAGAUGGUACUUGGGUGGAAAGCAUCUAAUUGUUAUGAUAUCGAGGCCUCAAACACUUUACCGGUGAUACCACCAUCGGCAGUCCCUCCGGCUACUGCCGUUAAUCCGGAAGCCACAGCAGGAAACAGCAAUAACGGUGGCGUUCCAGGGGCAUCUCCACCCAUGACUAAUCAAUCAACUCUGCUUAAAGCUUUGCCGUAUGGACUCGCAAUGGCUCUAAUUCUAUAUUCGACCCUAAUUUAAUCAUUUUAAUUUUUAUUUCAAGGCUCCCUACCUUGACCCUGUACC